AUGACAACCAACACUGAUAAUAACAACGAUGUUGUUGUUGAUGAUAAUGAAAACAACAACAAGAGCCUCUCAUCCAAAAUUAUAUCAAGAACCAAAAUUUCUAAUGAAGAUUACAAAGUGGUUCCCCCAUUAAACUUUGCAAUGGUAGCUCCUGGAGUUUAUAGAGCUGGACAUCCAAAUCGACAAAACUUUCCUUUUCUAAAGAAAUUGGGGUAUUUAUCUGCUGAUGACUUUAAUGAAGACUUGAAACAAUUUGUUGAAGAACAACAGAUUAAUGUUUUCCACUAUAGAAUUGAACCUAACAAAGAGCCGUUUGUUGAAAUUGAACAGAAAGAACUUAGUAGUGCAUUAGUCAAAGUUUUAGUAUUAAUUCAUUGUAAUAAAGGAAAACAUAGAAUAGGUUGUUUAAUAGGAUGUCUUCGUAAAUUACAAAAAUGGUCAAUGACUUCGAUAUUUGAUGAAUACAAAAGAUUUGCUGGCACAAAAGCUUUGGCUGAUCAAGAGUUUAUUGAAAUAUUUUCAGAAAGUGUUCCUUAUGAUCAAAAACAUAAACCUGACUGGCUAUAA